CUCCACACUCCCCACUCCAUUCCCCAGCUGACUCCGCUUCCCCUCCCCCUCCGCCGCCGCCCCACAGUCGCAGCAGCCGGGAGCCCAACGCCCAACCCAUCCCAUCCCAUCCCAUCCCAUCCCUAGCUAGGGUUAGGGUUCCGCACCUGCCGUCUCCCCCAGGGCUCCUGCCCAUUGCCUUCCCCUGCUCCCCCCGCAACCCGCUGUCCAUUGGCCGGUGCGGUGGUGCCGGUCCGGUGGGUGCUCGUCUUUAUUCCCCGGUCGCGGCCGGAUUCGUUUCGUUGCUCGGCUAAAAGGAUUUGGAACGAAGGAAUCUGGGGUUUUAUGGCAAAGUGGCUGCUGUAGAGAUCAGGUGAAAGGGACAAGUGUUGUGGCUGGCUAUCAGUAGCAGUGUGCACUAGCACCCCUCUGAUAGCAACCCUGUACGCACUCUCGCUCCAUUUUCCUCCCAAGAAAUGCGUCAGGUGCCGCGUUCUUGAAUCCUAGUAAGCUCACAACCUAUCUGCGGAGGGAAGUGGGUGGUGAUGGGGCUUCUUGGGGGUUUCUUGCUCUUCUUGUUGCUUGCUUCCCCUGCACUUGGCCAGCUGCCUUCGCAGGACAUCCUCGCGCUCCUCGCCUUCAAGAAGGGGAUCACGCAUGACCCUUCUGGCUACAUCACCGACUCCUGGAAUGACGAGUCCAUCGACUUCAAUGGAUGCCCGGCGUCCUGGAAUGGCAUUGUGUGCAAUGGCGCGAGCGUCGCCGGGGUCGUGCUUGAUGGCCAUGGGAUCUCUGGUAAUGCUGACAUCUCUGUGUUCGCUAACCUCACCAUGCUUGUGAAGCUCUCUAUGGCCAACAACAACCUCUCUGGGAGCCUCCCGAGCAAUGUAGGCAGUCUGAAAAGCUUGAAAUUCAUGGAUAUCUCGAACAAUCAGUUCUCUGGGCCAAUCCCUGAAGAUAUUGGCAAUCUUCGGAGCCUGCAGAACCUGUCACUUGCUGGCAACAACUUUUCAGGGCCGCUGCCGGACUCCAUCGACGGGCUUAUGUCACUUCAGUCGCUGGAUGUGAGCGGCAACUCUUUGUCUGGCCCAUUGCCUGCAGGCUUGAAAGGUCUGAAGAGCUUGGUUGCGCUGAACCUGUCACACAAUGCCUUCACAAAGGGUAUCCCUGCUGGGCUCGGACUCCUUGUGAACCUGCAGUCUUUGGAUCUGAGCUGGAACCAAUUGGAUGGUGGUGUUGAUUGGAAGUUCUUGAUUGAAUCAGCUGUUGCUCAUGUUGAUUUCAGCGGGAACUUGCUCACCAGCACUACUCCCAAGGAGCUCAAGUUUCUCGCUGAUAUUUCAGAGACAGUUUUAUAUCUGAACCUGAGCAACAACAAGCUGACUGGGUCACUGAUCGAUGGGGUUGAACUCUCUACUUUUGGGAGACUGAAGGUGCUCGAUUUGAGCAAUAAUCAGUUAUCUGGUGACCUCCCGGGGUUCAAUUAUGUUUAUGAUCUUGAAGUUUUGCGACUUGCAAACAAUGCAUUCACUGGAUUUGUACCUAGUGGUCUUCUGAAGGGGGAUUCUCUGGUCCUAAGCGAGCUGGACCUAAGUGCUAAUAACCUGACAGGGCAUAUCAAUAUGAUCACAUCAACAACUUUGCAAACCCUUAACCUGUCCUCCAAUGCUCUUUUUGGGGAUCUUCCGUUGCUUGCUGGGAGCUGCACUGUGUUAGAUCUAUCAAAUAACAAGUUUAGAGGGAAUUUAUCAGUAAUUGCCAAAUGGACCAGUGAUUUGGAAUAUGUUGAUCUCAGUCAGAACAACCUAACUGGGACAAUUCCUGAUGUGAGCUCUCAGUUCCUUCGCCUAAACUACCUAAAUCUUUCACAUAAUGGCCUAUCUGACACCAUCCCUGAAGCUGUUGUUCAGUACCCCAAACUUACUGUACUUGACCUGAGCUCCAAUCAAUUACGUGGUCCUAUUCCUGCUGAUUUACUCACUUCGUCCAUGCUGCAAGAGCUCUACAUCCAAAAUAACAUGCUUUUUGGUGGCCUAUCAUUUCCUGGUUCCUCGUCCAAAAAUUUGAGUCUUCAAGUGCUUGAUAUUUCUGGAAAUCACUUCAAUGGAAGCCUCCCUGAUGAUAUUUCCUCCUUAUCUGGCCUCCGAGUUCUUGAUAUAUCGACAAACAAUUUCACUGGUCCAUUACCUGCUGCUGUCAGUAAGCUUGGGGCUCUUACUGAUCUUGACAUGUCAACGAAUCAGUUCACUGGGCCUUUACCUGAGGAUCUUCCAGAUAACCUCCUAUCCUUCAAUGCGUCCUAUAAUGACCUUUCUGGUGUCGUGCCAGAGAACUUGAGGAAGUUUCCAGAAUCUUCUUUCCAUCCUGGGAACUCAAAAUUAGAGUAUCCUGCUAGCUCAUCUGGAUCUGGGAACUCCCCAUCUGGUUCAGGAGGUGGCAAAUCACUCAGUACAGGUGCUAAAAUAGGAAUUGUAGCAGCUAGCAUUGUUAUUCUUGUCAUCCUUAUCCUUAUUGCUAUCGUAUGCCAUUACAAACGGAUCUCAAGGCAGUUUCCUAGUUCAGAGAAGGUUUCAGAUAAGAACCUCCACAGGGCUACUAAAGACUCUGCCAGUACGAAAGGAAAGGACAACAAAGGUGGUUUGGUCUCAGCAGAUGAGCUUGUUACUCCUCGAAAGGGCUCUACAUCUGAAGCACAUAGCCAAGAAGAAAAAUCAGCUGUUGGGGGCUUUUCACCAUCCAAGGGCAGCCGCUACUCUUGGUCACCGGAUUCUGGAGAGGCGUAUGGUCAGGAAGGAUUGGCACGGUUGGAUGUUAGAUCACCUGACAGGCUAGCAGGGGAGUUGCAUUUCUUGGACGAAACAAUCACACUUACACCGGAGGAACUUUCAAGGGCGCCAGCUGAAGUUCUUGGCAGGAGCAGCCAUGGAACUUCGUACAGGGCUACACUGGAGAAUGGUGUGUUCCUGACUGUGAAAUGGCUGAGGGAAGGUGUUGCAAGGCCCAAGAAAGAGUUUGCGAAGGAGGCCAAGAAAUUCGCAAACAUCCGGCAUCCGAAUGUGGUUGGGUUGCGGGGUUACUACUGGGGUCCAACGCCACAUGAGAAAUUGAUAUUGUCAGAUUAUGUUGCGCCAGGAAGUCUUGCUAGCUUCUUAUAUGAUCGACCGAGCAGGAGAGGCCCUCCACUGACCUGGGCACAGCGGCUGAAGAUUGCGGUGGAUGUCGCCCGUGGCCUGAACUACCUGCACUUUGACCGCGCAAUGCCCCAUGGAAACCUUAAGGCCACCAACAUCUUGCUGGACGGCCUGGACCUCAACGCCCGUGUCGCCGACUACUGCCUGCACCGCCUGAUGACCCAGGCUGGCGUGGUGGAGCAGAUCCUCGACCUGGGGGUGCUGGGCUACCGUGCCCCCGAGCUGGCAGCCUCCAAGAAACCAUCCCCUUCAUUCAAGUCCGACGUGUACGCCUUUGGUGUCGUGCUGCUGGAGCUCUUGACCGGCAGGUGCGCUGGGGAUGUCGUGUCGGGGUCCGAGGGCGGUGUCGACCUCACCGAUUGGGUCCGGCUGCGCGUGGCAGAAGGGCGGGGAUCGGACUGCUUCGACCCGGCCAUGGCCUCGGAUUCAGAGAACCAGCAGGCUGUGAAGGGCAUGAAGGAGGCCCUGGGCAUUGCACUGAGGUGCAUCCGGCCGGUCUCCGAGAGGCCUGGGAUCAAGUCUGUGUAUGAGGAUCUUUCGUCAAUCUAGCUAGGUUCAUUCACUAGCACUAGAUUAACAGUCUCUGUGAGUUAGCCGUGUGUGCGUCGUCUCAGACUCUAAGUACUGCUGUAGCAAGGAAAUCCCAAGUGUAUUUGGCCUCGUCUUGAUGCCAGCUUUUCAAAUGGUUGCCAUUUGCCAAAGUGUUUCGCUGCUUCA